AUGCCCAAGAACGAUUCCCUCACGAAAGAAACUUCUAUCCUCGUUGUAGGCGCCGGUGCUUUUGGCCUCUCGACAGCGCUGCAUCUUUCGCGGGGCGGAUACAAGGAAAUCAUUGUCAUCGAUCCGCAUCCAGUGCCCAGUCCAUUGAGUGCUGCGACUGAUAUCAACAAGAUCAUUCGAACUGAGUAUCACAUACCUCUGUAUGGUGGCUUAGCAAGAGAAGCAUACACAGCUUGGAACAACGAUCCGCUGUUUAAGCCUCAUUUCCACAAGGUUGGGUGGUUCACAGGUGCAGCAGGCGAUGACACCCGUGGUCACGAGAUAGUGGCAAAGAUAUGGGCGAACAUCAAAGCGGAUGGCGUUAAAACCAAUGCCAAGCAAAUAACCUGUGGAGACGAUUUGAAAAAGAUUGUUACGCAAACCUCUGGAUCUCAGAAAUUAGAUCAAUGGAUAGGGAUAUUUAACCCAGAAGCAGGAUGGGCGCACUCAGGUAAUGCAUUGAUAGCAGUUGCCAACGAACUCAAAUUGCGGGGUGUCCGUUUUAUACAUGGUAACGACGGGACUUUCGAAUCACUCCACAAAGAUUCUCGAGGAGAGGUCAACGGGAUCACUGCGGUUAGUGGCAGACAUAUCCCAGCUGAGCGAGUCAUCCUGGCUAUGGGUGCAUCCACUGGAUCGAGGAUCGAGGUCAAAGAUAUGCUUCGAGCUUAUGGGUACGCGCUUGGUAUGAUUCAACUGGAACCCCAGGAGGCGCUUUUGUAUAAGGACAUGCCUUGUUUGCACUCGAAGACACACGGAUACAUAUUCGAACCGUCCGUCGACGGUCGUCUGAAGUUUGCUUUGCCGGGAAGAUACGCUUGGUACGGGAAGAACGAUGUAUCUCGUCCUGAAGCACUCGUUUCCUCUUACAACAACUUACCCUCUGAGUGCGUGGCCGAAAUGCGCGAACUGCUUUCCAUGUUCCUUCCGCAACUCGCAGACAGGCCUUUCUGCUAUUCCCAGCUAUGCUGGGAUGCCGACUCUGCCGAUGACAACUUCCUCAUUUCUUUCAGACCAGAAUCUGACAAGGUCUUGAUGGCCACAGGAGGGUCUUACCAUGGCUUCAAGUUCUUCCCCACGAUAGGACGUCAUGUCGUCGCUGCUUUGGAAGGUAGAUUGAGCCAGGAAUCUCGUGAAGCGUGGGCAUGGCGACCUGAACUGUCGCGCAAAUACCAUACCAGAGGCGCAGGAGAGACUAGAGUUCUGGACCGAUCGGGCCAGGCCGACCCAGUCAGCAGUAGAACCAGUCAACUAUAG